GAGGCAAGCGGGAGUUGUCGUUCACUUGCGUAUGCUGCUGCUGAGAAUAGGUUGGCUGUCUCAGGCGACAAGCGGAAAACAAGACAGCUUUUCUUUCCUCCGUCUUCUUUACUAAAGGCAUAUCUCUGAUGGAUGCCAGCAUGACGCAGAAAACAUUUGAGCGCUCAUAAGGACGCUGCAACUUGUGUAUUUUAGGAGAAAAUCAACGGUGGGAUGAAGAAUUGAAGUUACAAAGUGUGUGUGUGCUAACAUGUCUAAACCAAUGGAUCACGUUAAACGUCCGAUGAAUGCUUUCAUGGUUUGGUCCAGAGCCCAGCGCAGAAAAAUGGCUCAGGAAAACCCAAAAAUGCACAAUUCCGAAAUCAGCAAGAGAUUGGGAGCGGAGUGGAAACUUCUCACCGAGUCUGAAAAAAGGCCAUUCAUCGACGAAGCCAAACGACUGAGAGCGAUGCACAUGAAGGAACACCCAGACUAUAAAUACAGACCGAGGCGGAAACCCAAGACUCUGAUGAAAAAAGAUAAGUUUUCCUUCCCUGUGCCCUACAAUCUCGGGGAGCACGACGCACUCAAAGUUAGCGGACUUUCCACUGGAGCACUUUCCGAGUCUAUCCUUGGGAAUCCAGAUAAGGCGGCGGCUGCUGCUGCGGCUGCUGCAGCCAGGGUAUUCUUCAAUCCAUCCAUGUCCACGAACCCCUAUUCAUUUUUCGACCUGGGAUCCAAGAUGACUGAGCUUUCUCCACCUUCGUUUCCUUACGCGUCUCCUUUGGGUUACCCGCCGGGAGGCGCUACGGCUUUCACCGGGACUGGCGGCGUAGGUGGUGGGACACACACCCACACUCACUCACAUCCAUCCCCGGGAAACCCAGGCUACAUGAUCCCAUGUAACUGUACGGCCUGGCCCUCAGCUGGACUCCAGCCGCCCUUAGCAUAUAUCCUGCUCCCCGGGAUGGGAAAACCUCAACUUGAACCGUACCCUGCAUAUGCUGCGGCAUUAUGAUAGGCCCACUUUGGACUUCUAAGAAAAUGAAAUGUGAAAUGAAAUCAAAGAAAAGCUAUUCAUGCAAGAGUUUUAUUAUGCAUGCACAAACUUGUACAUGUGAUGAAGUGCUCGUCGUCGAUCAGAUCUCACAUGUGUAUGUACAUUGAAUAAUGCCUUUAUCUAAGGUAAUGCUUAUUUAGAGAACUCUAAUCUAUUAUUACUCAGCCAUCACCUGACGCAACUUCACGAAAAUGACUGAAGGAUGACAAACGUGCACAGAUGUCUGGGCAUCAGAGCUUGCCCUUCUGAAAACUCUUUUUGAAAUGUAUCCUGUUCAGUUUCUAUCUUCUGCUCCUGGUUGAUCAACCUGUUGGAAUCAAGGGCGGAAAAACACGAAUGACCCCACAUCAGGACCACAUCGUUUUCCCUCAGAUCACUUGCUGUGGGGGGUCAUAAUUCAUGGAUCAAGGAGGAUUGUCAAAACACUGUAAAUGUGUACAGAAAAAAAUGACUUUAGUUUAUUUGCUGUUACAGGCGUAGUGUUUGAGAUAGGGCAAGGAUGCUACGUAUUUCACUAGAAACCCGCUGUAUAUUUUGAGUUUUUAAACCGUUUUAUAGAUGUCUGUAAUAUUUAUUGUUUAGUGGAAUCUAUGGUGACCCAGACAAUUUUUAAAAAGGACAAGGUUUUUGCACAUGAAACGUAGAAUAUGUAAUUUAUUUUCAAGGUGUUAUUCAAUUGGGGUUUGAUUCACCAAACCGUUUUUUUGCCAUUAAACAGAAAAAAAGAAGUCCGAAUUUAAAUGGAGAUGGAUGUUUAUUCACCCCCCACUCCUGUCAUGUGCAGCAGAAAAAAGCCUUUUUAACUAACUCUUAUGGAAUUUGUAUGUUUUGUGUUUUCUUUAACUUCCGUUAUGUACUGCAAACUAUUGCUACUGUUCACUUGUUGAGCAUAAGGACUACAAUAAAGCCUAUUCGGAUUAAA